AUGUAUCGGAAAAGUCCCAUCACCGAAUCUGAAACCGAGGACGAGUCAAGGCCGGUCAAGCGCAAGCGCAAGCAAACUCCAGCCAAUCGAGACCUGAAUGAAGGAUACUUUUCCAAUCCUUACAUCAAGGUUCUGAGGCUGCAAUGGUUCGUUGAUUGUCGGCAACAAAGCACUAUCCUUCCUAUAGAGCCUUAUCUACUCUACCAAGGACGCCGCGUCGAGAAACCCAAUGACACCACCACACCCGUCAAAAAUUCCAGCUUCUCAGCUCCAUCUAAAACGCCUCAAUCGAUUCUCGAACGAGCAAGAGCAGAUGGGGAGGCGAACAUAUCCUCACCUGUUCAGCAGCGCAGCNNAAACCGCAAGCUUGGUCAGAUUGGCGGAGGUAGAGUCUCUGCACCUUUCCAGCCUACACCGCACACAAAACGAGCGCAUUUGUUGCACCAAACAACCUCAGAGCAUGACUUGGGUCAGUCAGGAGAUCUGCCAGAGAUGCCACCAUGGGUACGGAACGAGGUCAAGUACGCCUGUCAACGGUCGACGCCAGCUGACUCACCGAACGCAUCUUUCAUCGCGCAACUCGAGAAGAUCAAGCUGGCUCGAUUGCUGACAGGCGAUGAGAUAGGUGUACGAGCCUACAGCACCAGUAUCGCUUCGUUGGCUGCUUAUCCCUACAAGUUUAGCACCGCGCGUGAGAUAUUGUACUUGCCUGGUUGCGACGCCAAAAUAGCGAAUCUCUAUGUCGAAUUUGCAAAUUACGGCAAGAUCCAAGAAGCAGAAAACGCCGAAAACGAUGAGGGGCUGAAGAUUCAGAGGCUGUUCUACAACAUUUGGGGAGUGGGAGCUACAACAGCGAGAGACUUCUACAAGGAGAAAGGAUGGAGAGAUCUGGAUGAUGUGAUUGAGUACGGCUGGAGCACAUUGACUCGUGUCCAGCAGAUUGGCGUCAAGUUCUAUGACGAGUUUCUGCUCCCCAUUCCUCGUUCAAAAGUCGAGGAUAUCGCCUCAACCAUCCACCGACAUGCCGUCAAGGUUCGUGACAAGGGGAUGCAAAGUCUAGUAGUCGGUGGCUACCGGCGAGGCAAAGAGAACUGUGGGGAUGUGGAUAUUAUCCUAUCUCACCCAGAUGAAGACCAGACCUUGAACGUCAUCACUAAUGUCGUGGCGAGCUUGGAAGAAGAAAACUGGAUUACACAUACCCUACUGAUCAGCACGACGACUAGUAAUCGUUCGCAGCAGACACUUCCUCUCAACUCUUCCNNCUCAUCCCACGGUCAUGGCUUCGACUCAUUGGACAAGGCACUUGUGGUCUGGCAGGAUCCCAACUUUGAUCCUGAUCCCUCGGAUGCUNNAAAGAAGAACCCCAACCCUCAUCGCAGAGUUGACAUUAUCAUUGCACCUUGGAAGACAGUGGGUUGUGCAGUCAUGGGGUGGUCAGGAGGCACGACAUUCCAACGCGACCUUCGUCGCUAUGUUCGACAGACGUACGACUACAAGUUUGACUCUUCUGGAGUCAGGGAUAGAAAGACUGGAGAUGUCGUGGAUGUAGAUGGCAAGGCAGAUACUAUGGAACAGGCAGAGAAGAAUGUUUUUGAUGCUCUAGGCUUGGAGUACAGAGAGCCUUGGGAAAGAUGCACAGGAUGA